AUGGAUUCCCGAGGCAAAGCUAAACAAACCAGUUCUAGUCAAAAACACAAAUCCACACAAGGCGGUUCAAAUCAAGAUAUUCCACUUUCUUUUCAAGAUUUUCAAAAUCCAAACUAUCAACAAUACCAAAACUACCAACAAAACCAAAACUAUCCACAACAAUAUUUCCCGGUGCAACAAUCUUACAACACAUUUAGACUUCCAGAGGAAAAGCAGAGUUAUAAUCCAUGGAAUCAGUUUUCUCAAAGGGUUCUAGAAACCCAAUUCCAAUCUUCUCAACCCGAGAAUUUCCAGUUCCGUGAUGCUCAGAAUGAAGAAUCUGAUAGUUCUAGUGAUGACCCAACUCCCGAAAGAAUCGAAGAAGAAACUAGCGAGGAGUUGCAACCCGUUGCUGAGAAAAAACGCAACUAUACACUCCGCCAAAAGCGAAAGAACUGGGUGGAACGCGAAGAGUUGGCUUUGGCUAGGGCAUAUGUCGAUGUUUCUAAAGAUAAACAACACGGAAAUCAACAAAGGUUCGAUGCAUUUUGGGAGAGGGUUCUAGAGCAUUUCAGUGUUCAAAUGGGAGGUUCAGAUCAGUCACGACACCAAGUAAACUCAAAAUGGAAAUACCUCCAAAAGAAAUGUAAUGCUUUCAACGACAUCUAUAACCGUAAGAUGAACAGUGUGGCUAGCGGGAGAUCUGAGGCUGAUGUUUUACAAUCUUCACUAAGCGAGUAUCGGAGGACUAUUAACCAGAAAGGUUUUCCUCAUCAACAAGCUUGGGAGUGGUUAAAAGACAACGCGAAAUGGGCAUUUGUUACAAAAGUGGGUGAAGACUCCCCACCUCCUUCUUCAAAACGAACUAAAACAUCUUCAUCCAACACUUACACAUCAUCAUCUGAUCCACAAUAUCCUCCUGGAUUCUCCCCCCAACAACAGUCGUUUAGUGUUGAAGACUCACCGCCACAGAGAAAAAGAAAAGGAAAGAAAGCGGCAUCAAUAUCUUCAACAGAAAAUGAAAUGUUUGAUCUCGUCAAACAAAUUGCCAGCAUCAAGACUGCAACCGAAACAGAGGCAGAACAGAGACAACGGUACAUGGAACAAAAAUUACGCAUUCUCGAAGCUAAUGAAGAACAAAAAGCUCAAUUGUUGGAUCGUGAGAUAGAGAACCAAGAUAUGGAGUAUUUUCUCCGGCCGCAUGAUCAUUUAACUGGAGAUGAUUCAACCUAUGGUCACGCGCAAUUCCGCAGAUGGUUUCGUAUUCGCAAAGGUUUGUUUAUGCGACUUGUUGGUGACCUGGAGGCGAAUUAUCCUUAUUUUCAAACAACAUGGGAUGCAACAAAUCAAAGAAGUUUCAGUGCGCUACAAAAAUGCACAUCAGCAAUACGUCAAUUAGCGAAGGGUUAUAACCCAAACUCGUUAGAUGAGUAUCUAAAUCUGUUAGAAAGAACUUCUCGUGAAUCUCUUGAAAACUUUUGCUACGGUGUUGUCCAAAUGUAUAAGGCUGAAUAUUUACGUCGUCCAACAUCCACUGAUAUUCAACUUUUGUAUGAAGCACAUGAAGCUAGACAUGGAUUCCCUGGAAUGCUUGUUACCGACAAAAAGAUACGGUUCAAGGCGGCACAAGAAUCAGCAAGAAAUGAUGUAGAACGUGCUUUUGGGGUCCUUAAAGGACGUUGGGACAUAUUAAAGAUGCCUGCACGAGCUAUGACGAUGAAGAAAACAAAAAAUAUAAUGUACGCUUGCAUUAUACUACACAAUAUGAUAUUGAAAGAUGAGGGUGUUGCGAUAUGUCAUGUGUAUCAGCCCGAUCCCCCCACCGACGAAGUUGAUGACCAAGAAAUAAUACACGAAUUGCGCAAUGCUGAAACCCACCACCAACUUCGAUCUGAUCUUGUUGAUCACAUUGAACAUGCCUAA